GCCAGGUGAGGGAGCGCGGAUCCGUCUCCGGCCCGGACAGCACCGAGCGCCUCCACCGCGCACGGCCCGGGACGCGUCAAGGUGACCGGGCGCGGGGAUGAGAGCAGCCCUCUCUCUGCAGGCCGGCGGCGAUGGCGGAGAAGGCGCUGGAGGCCGUGGGCUGUGCGCUAGGGCCGGGGGCUGUGGCCAUGGCCGUGGCGCUGGAGGACGGGGCGGAGCCCCCUGUGCUGACCACGCACCUGAAGAAGGUGGAGAACCAUAUCACAGAGGCCCAGCGCUUCUCCCAUCUCCCCAAGCGCUCUGCGGUGGACAUCGAGUUCGUGGAGCUGUCCUACUCCGUACGAGAGGGGCCCUGCUGGCGCAAACGCGGUUAUAAGACCCUCCUCAAGUGCCUAUCGGGUAAAUUCUGCCGUCGGGAGCUGAUUGGCAUCAUGGGCCCCUCUGGGGCUGGCAAGUCCACUUUCAUGAACAUCUUGGCAGGAUACAGGGAGUGUGGAAUGAAGGGGCAGAUCUUGGUCAACGGGAGGCCGAGGGAGCUGAGGACAUUCCGCAAGAUGUCCUGCUACAUCAUGCAGGAUGACAUGCUACUGCCGCACCUCACCGUGCUAGAAGCCAUGAUGGUCUCUGCCAACCUGAAGCUGAGUGAGAAGCAGGAGGUGAAGAAAGAGCUGGUGACAGAGAUCCUCACGGCGCUGGGCCUGAUGUCCUGCUCGCACACGAGGACAGCCCUGCUCUCAGGCGGGCAGAGGAAGCGUCUGGCCAUCGCCCUGGAGCUGGUCAACAACCCGCCUGUCAUGUUCUUUGACGAGCCCACCAGUGGUCUGGACAGCGCUUCUUGUUUCCAAGUGGUCUCUCUCAUGAAGUCCUUGGCACACGGGGGUCGCACUGUCAUCUGCACCAUCCACCAGCCCAGUGCCAAGCUCUUUGAGAUGUUUGACAAGCUUUACAUCUUGAGCCAGGGUCAGUGCAUCUUCAAGGGUAUCGUCACCAACCUGAUCCCUUACCUUAAGGGGCUGGGCUUACACUGCCCCACCUACCACAACCCAGCAGACUUCAUCAUUGAAGUGGCCUCUGGAGAGUACGGAGACCUGAACCCCAUGCUGUUCAGGGCUGUGCAGAACGGGCUCUGUGCCAUGGCUGAGAAGGGCGGCCCUGAGAAGAACGAGGUCCCUGCCCCCUGUCUCACUUGCCCUCCGGAAGUGGAUCCCAUCGAGAGCCACACCUUUGCCACUAGCACCCUCACCCAGUUCUGCAUCCUCUUCAGGAGGACCUUCCUGUCCAUCAUCAGGGACACGGUAAGGUGUCAAGCUGGGACAGGAGGAGCAGGCCUUGCUUUGGGGGCUGAUGGGUUGCAGCAGGUGGGACAGAGUGGGGGCCCUGCCUGCUGGCCCUGCAGGGCCCCUGUGGGUAGAGCUGGGUUCCUGCCCUGUGGUUCCCGUCCUGAGACGCCCUGCCCCCUGUGGCCGCCCCCCCAGGUCCUGACCCACCUGCGGUUUGUGUCCCAUGUGCUGAUCGGCGUGCUCAUCGGCCUUCUCUAUCUGCACAUCGGUGAUGACGCCAGCAAGGUCUUCAACAACACCGGCUGCCUCUUCUUCUCCAUGCUGUUCCUCAUGUUUGCUGCCCUCAUGCCGACCGUGCUCACCUUCCCCUUAGAAAUGGCAGUCUUCAUGCGGGAGCACCUCAACUACUGGUACAGCCUCAAAGCAUACUACCUGGCCAAGACCAUGGCCGAUGUGCCCUUCCAGGUGGUGUGCCCCGUGGCGUACUGCAGCAUUGUGUACUGGAUGACAGGCCAGCCAGCCGAGACCAGCCGGUUCCUGCUCUUCUCAGCACUGGCCACUGCCACUGCCUUAGUGGCCCAGUCCUUGGGACUGUUGAUCGGAGCUGCUUCCAACUCCCUACAGGUAGCCACCUUUGUGGGCCCGGUAACUGCCAUCCCUGUCCUCUUGUUCUCUGGAUUCUUUGUUAGCUUCAAGACCAUCCCCACGUAUCUGCAGUGGAGCUCCUACCUCUCCUAUGUCAGGUAUGGCUUUGAGGGGGUGAUCCUGACCAUCUAUGGCAUGGAGCGUGAGCAGCUGUCAUGCUUAGAGGAAUCUUGCCAGUUCCAGGACCCACAGAGCAUCCUACAAGCGCUGGAUGUGGAGGAUGCCAAGCUCUACAUGGACUUCCUGGUCUUAGGCAUCUUCUUCCUGGCCCUUCGGCUGCUGGCAUACCUUGUGCUCCGUUACCGGGUCAAGUCUGAGAGAUAGAGCCUUGCCCUGGCCUUGCCCAGCCCCCGCAGCAGAAAAUCCCCAGCCCAGCCCUUUGGGACUGUUUUAACCUUGUAGACUUGGGCACUGGUGGCCCUCAAAUACUCCAGACUGGCUGUUGGACUGCACUGCCAGCCGCUAGCUGCCAGCCGUGGCCCUGGUGUGGGGACUCUGGGCCACCCACUAUGCCCAGGAGCUUUUCCAAGGUCAUGCUCUUUGUAGCUUCCUCCCUCUCUCCUCCACCUGCAUGCAAAGACCUCUGGGAGGCCACCAUCCUCCUUCCUGUCUGUGGUGUUGCCCUCUGUUGUCUGCCUGGAAGCUGCAGCCUCUCUGGGCCCCCACUUACAGCCGACCAAAGUGGCCCCCUCCUGGGGUCCCCGCCGCACCAGUGUUUGUAAACCAGGCUGCUAUAAGAUUGGAGUGCCAGGGCUGGGCCCUGGGAGUCCCCUGGGAGUUUCAUCCUGUAUGUUGUGACAGAGCGGAGAGGGACUCUGGAAGUCUCUUCUUCCUCCUACCUCUCUCCCACUUCCAGACCCUGGCUGACGUGGACAAUCUGCAGGGACAGAAGCUGGAUUUUCUGUCUGAGUCACCACUCCCAAUUCUUGGGAUUGAAGAGGCCAUGGGGUGUUCCGUGCCCCUCCCUAUGCCCUUGGUUGGGGGCAGGGUUGGGGCAUCCUGCAAUACUGUCUGUGGUUCUCCCCCAUUGGCCACUGCAACUGGAGAGUGCACUUUAUUUUGGAGGGUGAGUGGGGGAAAACCCAGCCUUCCCUUCUUGCUGCUCCUGACACACAGUCAUCCCCCACCCCAGGUCAUGGGCCCUCCCUGCGAACAGGCAAGCCCAGCUUCCACAGGCUCCACCCUGACAGCCCACAGGAAGAGUGGAGGUGGCAUGGUGGCAGCAGUGGGUGUUAUGGGAGGGUGGUGCCAACCUCCUCCUUGAAAAUGCUAAGGAUGGGGCUGGUGCUGCCCAGGUGACUCCAGGAUCUAGAGGUAUCUACCCCUCAGUCUUCCCUCCCUCCCAAGCUGGGGUAGCACUGGGCACAAGCCUCCUGAAGUCAUUCAGAAGCCAACAAGCACAAGCAGGGGCAUAAGUUGGCCAUGGUCCCUGCCACCCCACAGCCCUCCUUUUGUGGCUCUAAGCUGGAAUUCUCCCUGUCCUGCCCCUUGCCCAGCUACCUGCUCUUCCCAUCAGUGGGUGGCCCCUGGCGUCAGAAGAGCCUUGGGCCCGUAGGGGUAGACAGUCCUAGAGCGCGCCUGGCUCUGCUGCAGGGCCAGGGUCAUUCUGAUUUCCCCUCCCAGGACUUUCCCUUUGCCCCUGUACACACACCUCCCCUCUUCCCUGAUGCUCCUUACACAGAGAUGCCAGUUGUAUUGGUGGGAUUUCACCCAUUAUUAAUAAAACCUAUAUUUA